UCUAGGCAGGAUAAAGUAAAAAUGUACAGCGGCGCUCCGUCCGGCGGAAUAGCAAUCGGCGGCGGCGGCGGAGGGAGAGGAAGAGGAGGAGGAAGAACAUGGCCGUCGACGACGUCGGUAUCAACAUCAGGGAAGAGAAUACAGAAGGAAAUGACAGAAUUAAGCAUGGAAGCACCACCAGAUUGUGCAGCUGGACCUAAAGGAGAUAAUAUUUACCAUUGGGUUGCUACUCUCUUUGGACCACCUGGAACACCUUAUAAGGGUGGAAUAUUUUUCCUUGAUAUAACCUUUCCUUCUGAUUAUCCAUUUAAACCUCCAAAGGUUGUAUUCAAAACUCGCAUAUAUCAUUGUAAUGUAGAUCCUUCCGGCAAUGUUAGCUUGGACAUCCUAACAGAGAACUGGAGUCCAGCGUUAACAAUCUCAAAGGUGUUACUUGCUCUGAGAUCAAUGUUCACCAAUCCUGAAACUUAUAAGCCGGUUGUUCCUGGUAUUGCACACUUAUACUUGGGAGAUAAAGCCAAACAUGAUGAAAUAGCUGCACAGUGGACACUGAGAUUUGCAAGGUGAAAGAAGAACUUGAUGUGGAACUUUUUUAACAAGUUCAGGUCAGCCAUUGCUUAGGUUGAAGUUUUACAAGCAUAGAAGAGCUGUUGUAGACGAUAUUUAAACUUACAACCUGUAUAUAAUUCAUAUAAAUAAAUUCAACUUCUGUUAAACUAA